GUGAUUACAAAUCCUGUAUACGAAAGGGCGCGCCAAUGACUCACUAGAACACGCAGCGGGGCUUUCUCAACACAUAAAAGCCGUCUCUAAGCACACGAUACUCACCCUUGUCUAAUCAUCCACAAACCAGAUCAAAAUGACAUAUACACUCUUCAUCGGCAACAAGCGCUACUCCUCCUGGUCAAUGCGACCCUGGGUUCUUCUCAAAGCCCUAGAAAUCCCCUUCGACGAGAAACUCAACCUCUUCAAGCCUGGUCUUCGUCAACCCGACUUCCUCGCCUUUUCACCAACCGGAAAAGUCCCCUGUCUUCACGAUGACGAAACAUCAAUUGUGGUUUGGGACUCAUUAGCUAUCUGCGAAUACAUCGCUGAGAAAUACCCCGCUGCUUGGCCAACCGACGCAGCAGCACGCGCCUUUGCACGCAGCGCCGCUGCAGAAAUGCACUCUGGAUUCGAUGCCAUUCGUGACGAGUGCUCUAUGAACGUUGUUUUGAGAAUUGAACUUGGAACACCGAGUGAAGCGCUUCAGAAGGAUAUUGAUCGCUUCAAUGCGCUUUUCAAGGAGGGGCUGGAGAAGUUUGGUGGUCCGUGGUUGGCGGGUGAUAAGUUUACAAUUGUGGAUGCUAUGUAUGCUCCUAUUGCUUCGAGAGUCAAGACCUAUGGUAUUGAGUUGGAUGGUGCGGCGAAGGAAUAUGCUGAUCGGUUGUUUGAGCAUGGGUCUGUUCAGGAAUGGAUUCAGGGUGGGAUUAAGGAGACGAGUAGAGAGCCUUUUCACGAGGAGGACUGUGUGAGGGGACGCAAGGUUCUGAAGGACUUGGCUAAGGAGUAAGAGUCUGAACAAGUAUUGGAGACAUGUAUUCGAUCAAAAGUGCGGCUAUUUAA